AUGGCAGCGCCAAGGGAAUUUCACUUGGUGUAUGCUAAGUGUGUAGUAGAGGGAGUUUUCCCCAAGGUAUGGAAGGAUGGAAGACUGAUUGUCAUUCCCAAGGGUAAUGACAAGCCACUCACCGAUGCCAAGGCAUACCGUCCAAUUACGCUCCUCCCAGUUUUGGGAAAAUUGCUAGAACGAGUAAUGCUGAGAUGUGCUCCUGCGAUUAGUCGUGGGAUAUCUGAAUACCAGCAUGGAUUUUCUCCGGGGCGAUCUACGCUAACAGCGCUGCGUGUCUUGCUCAGCACGGCAAGGUAUUCUCGGGCAUGCUACGUGCAGGCAAUCUUUUUAGAUAUCUCCGGCGCCUUGUACAACGCCUGGUGGCCGAUGAUGAUGGUCAAGGCGAAACGGGGUGGUUGUCCACCCAACAUUUACAAAAUGCUGGUGGACUACUUCACCUCCAGACGUGUCGGUCUCUUCAUCGGUGACCGGGUAGAGUGGAAGACGUCGACCAUGGGAUGUCCUCAAGGCUCCGUGCUGGGCCCUACACUGUGGAAUGUAUUGAUGGACGACCUACUCCGACUCCCUCUGCCUGAGGGAGUAGCAAUGACUGCCUAUGCUGACGAUGUCACGAUUCUCAUUGAAUCACAAACCAGAGCGGGCAUCGAAUCCAGGGCCAGAGUUACUCUGGACCUUGUACGGAAGUGGGGGCUAAGGAAUCGACUGGAGUUCUCCUCAUCAAAGUCGACCACAAUGACUGUUAGAGGGAAACUUCAGCGCCCCCCCGUUAUUAAACUUGGUGGAGAAUCCAUCAAGAAUGUGACCAAUGCUAAGGUACUAGGCGUGGUUUUGGAUUCGGGACUAUCGUUUGUGCAACACGCGUCCGAUAUUUCUGAAAGAGCGACUUGGUCGAAUUCGGUAAAAUGA